AUGAGCGUUUCUCAACUACCUCAACUGGACUCAAUGGACGUUGACAACCCUCUCAACGUCCGGGGUCCUUCCACCAGCACCAAUGCCGACAGCAACAUUGCAGGCCCUUCCAACUUGACGCGCUACCUACCCAAUGGCUUGCCCCGGGCUUCUUCGUUGCCUGUUAGCUUUGGGAACUUGAGUGUCGGCUAUGUCUACUCUGCCGACAUGAUGCAGCACUUCAACGAAGAAGGACACCCUGAACAACCAGCCAGGAUUAAACGCAUAUGGGAUCUACUCGUCGCAAAGGGCUUGACCGAGAAGAUGCGGCGGAUCGAUAUUCGAAAGGUGAAGAAGGAAGAAGCGAUGCUAGUUCAUAGUGAAGACCACUGGGACAAAGUUAUUCAAUUACAAUAUAUGGACGACCAACAACGUUUGGACUCUGCGGAAUACUACGAACGGAUGUCGCUUUAUGUGAUGAAAGGCACGACACCGGCGGCUCUACUCAGUUGUGGAGGAGUAAUUGAAGCUUCCCUCGCUGUUGCAAGAGGGCUCGUUCAAAAAUCCUUCGCUAUCGUUCGACCACCAGGUCACCACGCCGAACCGGAUGAGCACAUGGGUUUCUGCUUCUUCAACAACGUUGCAGUAGCUGCUCGGGUCGUGCAGCAACUAACACCCCUCAAGAAGAUACUGAUUUUAGAUUGGGACGUGCAUCAUGGCAACGGCACACAGCGCGCUUUCGACGACGACCCCUCUGUCCUUUACAUGUCCAUUCAUCGAUACGAAAGUGGACAUUUCUAUCCUUGUGGACCAUUUGGCUCCCUUGAAUCUUGCGGGAAAGGCCCAGGUGAAGGAUUCUCUGUGAACGUGCCAUGGCCAAGAGCUGGAAUGGAAGAUGCGGACUAUUUGUAUGCUUUCCAAAAGGUUAUCAUGCCCAUAGCUAUGGAGUUUGCGCCAGACCUUGUCAUCAUUUCUGCUGGAUUCGAUGCAGCUGACGGAGAUGACCUGGGCGAAUGCCAUGUCACACCAAAGGGCUAUGCACACAUGACCCACAUGCUGGCUGGUCUAGCAGGGGGAAAGAUGGUAGUCGCGUUGGAGGGAGGCUAUAACCUGGACGCCAUUUCCGACUCAGCACUGGCUGUGACAGAGAUUCUGUUAGGGCAAGCGCCACCACAAAUAGACCCAAUGAUUGCAUCGGAGGACGCGACGGAGACAGUCUGGCUUGUUGCUAAGCAUCUCAGCAGGUACUGGAAGAGCUUGGAUCCUAAGGCCUGCGAACCUCGAGAACAGGUGGAGGAAAUCAGCUAUUCGAUACCAGAAAUCCUGAAAGCACAUCGACAACACUAUCUCUAUACCAACCAUGAUAUGAUGGAGAUUCCUUUAAUGACGGCGGAGCUUGAUCAACGAUUUUCCUCACAAGUAAUGUGCACGCCUGAUAUGCUUGAUAACGACACCAUCGUAUUAUUCGUUCAUGAAUUUGGUAAUCUACGAAUAGAACUCGAAUCAUCUGCGACAUGCGACGUCAAUCUCCAUCGAUCGUACCUCGUCGACUUCUCCAAAGAACUUAUUUCUUGGAUAGACACCGAACAAUUCGCCCUCAUUGACGCCAACCUCUUCCCCAAACCUACCGAAAUUCAACAAACUCGUCGGGCGACAUUAGAAUCUGACCUCGUUCGAGAAGUCAUUUUGUACUUGUGGGAUAACUACAUCCAGCUAUCGAAAGCCUCGAGGGUCAUCCUAAUUGGCCAUGGUCCAGGCUGUCGUGCUGUGGCUGAACUACUUACCCGUCGAGCAACGGGAGUAAUGAAGCUCGUAACAACUGUCAUCCAAAUUGUUGGAUUGCAACAUAGCGCCUGUGCUCCUACCGGUUUCGAAGAUAUUCGGACGUGGUAUAAGUCGCAUUCCGCAAUUAUACUCCCCGACAACCAUCCGAUGAGCUCAGGCCGGGAAUUGGCCAAAGAGAUUCGAAAACAUGGUCGAAUGAUCUAUGUUGAGGAAACUCAACCUCUCAAGUUGGUCAUGAAGGCGUUACCCGCCGUCCAACAAAUCAUUCGCGAGUCGAAUCCCCCACGACCAGAUGCCAAUGGAAUCGAACGAUGA